CAGAAGGACAAGGAGAAAGCCCAGCGGAAGGGGGACCUGAAGGAGGAGGCUGCCCUCUGUAACCAGCUGGGGGGCCUCUUGGCGCGUCACGGGCGCUUCCAUGAAGCACUGGAGGAGCACCGUCUGGAGCUGCGUCUGCUGGAGGGUGUGGAUGAUGUCAUUGGCUGUGCAGUUGCCCACCGGAAAAUCGGGGAAUGCCUGGCUGAGCUGGAAAGCUAUGAAGCUGCCCUGAAGCACCAGCGCCGCCACCUGGAACUGGCCUGCUCUGUCUCUAGUCACAUUGAGCAGCAGAGAGCCUGGGCCACCAUUGGCAGGACCUACAUGUUCAUGGCUGAGAGCAACCAGUCAAGGGAAGCCCUGCAGGAGGCAGAGAAAGCCUUCAUGAAGAGCCUAGCUAUUGUGGAGGAAAAGCUGGAAGGGGAGGUGCCCCAGCGGGAGGCAAGCGAGAUGAGGGCACGCCUCUACCUCAACCUUGGCUUGGUAUAUGAUGGCCUGAAGAACCCAGCCAAGUACACCUACUACAUCAAGAAGAGCAUCUACAUCUCAGAGCAGACUCAGCUGUUCGAAGACCUGUAUCGUGCCUAUUACAACUUGGGCAACAUCCACCUGCGGGAAGGCGAGCAUUCGAAGGCUAUGCGUUGCCUGGAACGGGCGCGUGAGUGUGCCUGCAAGAUGAAGGAAAAGUACAUGGAAAGUGAAUGUUGUGCAGGCAUUGCCCAAGUGCUGCUGAGCCUGGGGGACUUUGUGGCAGCCAAGCGGUCUCUGAAGAAGGCCUACAGGUUGGGCUCCCAGCAACCUCAGCAGCGGGAGAACAUCUGCCACAACCUCCGCUAUGUCUCAAAGGUGAGUCGUCUGCAGCAGGCUCUGGAAGAGGUGGAAGCAGCCGGCAACCUGGGGGCAGCCCUGGGCCUGUGUGAGCAGCUGGGAGACCUUUUCUCCAAGGCAGGGGAUUAUCAGCGGUCCGUGGAAGCCUACAAGAAGCAGCUGCACUAUGCCAUGGCUCUCAAGCGGUCGCCCCAGGAGCUGGCUGUGAUCCACGUUUCUUUGGCUGCCACAUUUGGGGACUUGAAGGACCAUGCCCGGGCAUUGCAUCACUAUCAGGAGGAACUAGCAUUACGAAAGGGGAACCCCCUGGAGGAAGGGAAGACAUGGCUGAGCAUUGCCUUAGCCAAAGAGGAAAUCAAAGAAACCUAUGAGGAACUGGAGCCAUGUUUCCAAAAGGCUCUGCACUACACCAAGAAGGCCUGUGACCCCAGACUACAGCAUCAGAUCCUGCAGCACUUCUAUGCCUGCCAGCAGAGAUGUGGAUGCCCUGAAGCAACAGGAAUUCUAGGCGAACUGCAGGACCUCCGGCGUGCUCAGGGCUGGCGUUCGGAUGGGGAGAUCAGUGAGGAGGAGGUGGAGGAAGAAGAGGAGACGCAAAGCAGUGAGCCCUUGGAAGCAAGUGAUCUGGAGCUUUCUGAUAGUGACAGAGAAGAUGACUUGGAGGGCUAUAGCAAAACCGUUCCUGGCCAGCGGAGGACCAACAAGUGGAACCAGAGGAAUGACAAGGGUGAGACUUUGCUCCACCGGGCCUGCAUUGAUGGGAACCUGCGCCGUGUGCAAUUCUUUGUGGAGAAGGGUCACCCUCUGAAUCCUCGGGAUUAUUGUGGCUGGACCCCAUUGCAUGAGGCUUGCAACCAUGGGCAUCUGGAGAUUGUGCAUUUGCUUUUGGACCAUGGGGCAGCCAUUGAUGACCCUGGAGGGCCUGGCUGUGACGGCAUCACUCCUCUUCAUGAUGCUCUCAACUGUGGCCAUUUUGAUGUAGCUGAGCUCUUGAUCCAGAGGGGGGCAUCAGCACUUUUGCGCAAUGCCAAGGGCCAGACCCCACUGGGCACGCUGCAGGAGUGGAUGCGUCUCUACGGCAGGGAUCUUGACCAAGAAACCCGGGAGCGCUGCAAAACCAUGGAGGGACUGCUCAGGAAAGCCAUGGCAGGGCGAGGUCCCAAACCUCACCAGGCCCCCCGAGAGCAGCCAGCCAGCCAGCUGUUUGAUGCAGAGCUUUCUGAGUCUCAAGGAUCCAGUCCUCCGGGCUCUUCUGGGAAGCCCCUCAGCCCCAGAAGGAGCCAGACAGAGCCAGAAGCAGAGGAGGCCUGUAUGGUUCCCCUGAGGCCUGUCAAGAAGAGGCAGAGGUUGCUCAGCCAAAACCUGCUGAGGGAGGAGGAGAUGCAAGCCAAGUCAGGGGAAGCUGGGCUUGAUGCCCCAGCUGAAUAUCGGGCAGCCAUGCGGAGAUUGGGGGGUGCCUUGUCCUGGGCCCCACCAAGCCCUGAGCGCCCCAACAGGCCCUCUGCUGCUCCAGCCCUGAUCCCCUCUGAAGAGUACGUGGGGGAUGACUGGCUGGAAGAUGACCUGGGCCUGAACCUCGUUUCCCGGAAAAGAAGCCGCCCAAGCCCACCCAAGGAGCUGGGGUCUGAGUGCGAGGAAAGUCCAGAGGAGGCCGAGAGUGAUGGCGGACUUCCGCAGCAGCCCCUUGAGGCAACCAGGAAGAGACAACGGAGGAGGACCAGGCAAGCUCGCCUUACCCAGAUUGUGAACAGAACACCGCUGGGGAGGAUCCAAGGAGCCAGCGUGGUGGGGCCAGAGCCCACCACUGGCCCCAGCAACUUCCAUGGGGCUGGCAGCAUGACCCAAGUUGAGGGGGUUCUUCCAGGGGAAGGAAGCUUGUCGUCUGCAUUUAUGCCGGUCCCUGCUCCUCCACCCCCGAUACGGGUGCGAGUUCAGGUUCAAGACAACGUCUUCCUGAUUCCUGUGCCACACAGUGGCAGUGAGAGUUGCCCUGUCUCCUGGCUGGCAGAACAGGCCUCCCAGCGCUACUACCAGGCCUGUGGACUCCUGCCACACCUGAUCCUGAAGAAAGAGGGGGCCCUCUUGGCUCCCCAAGACCACAUUAUGGAUGUCUUGCAAAGCAAUGAGGAGGUGUUGGCUGAGGUGCAGUCGUGGAACCUGCCACCUCUUGUGGAGAGGUACUGCAAGGCCUGCCGGAGCCUCGGUGUGGCAGGGGAGCACCGACUGCUUCUAAAAAUGUUAGAACGCCAGGAAUCGGGACCCUCCUUCAGCAUCUCCAACGUGGCUCUGCGGGGCCCCCACCUGAUCCCGCUCCUUCGGGCACUCAAGCUUCAGACCUCCAUCCGGCAGCUGUCUCUCUCUGGGACGGGUCUUGGAGAUGACUCAGCCGAAGAGUUGCUGGCCAGCAUCAGUACCAUGCCUGCCUUGAAGCUGCUGAACCUCUCGGCCAACCGACUGAGCCCCGAAGGGCUUGGCAAGCUGACCACAGGGGCCCCUGGCCCAGUCAUGUUCCAGAACUUGGAAGAGCUGGACCUCAGCCUCAACCCCUUGGGUGACAACAGUUGCCAGUCCCUUGCCUCCCUGGUCCAGGCUUGCCCUGUCUUGAACACCCUCAAGCUGCAAGCUUGCAGCCUCACCUCCGCCUUCCUGCAACACUGCCGCCUUUUACUGGCCAAUGCCUUGAAAGGCGCUCUACACCUCAAGAGCCUUACAGUAUCCCACAAUGCACUGGGCUCCCCAGGCCUUGACCUGCUUCUGAGGAGCCUGCCCUGCGAGACUCUCACCCACCUGGAGAUCAGCUCAGUAGACACCGAACCAGGCGAUGAGCAGCCUCUCUGGAGCCCGGUGGCCAGGUACCUGGCACAGGAAGGUUGUGCUCUCACCCACCUGACUUUCUCUGGGAAUCGGCUGAAUGACGCUGCUGUUGCAGAACUGGCAAGGUGCCUCCCCAUUUGCAUCUCUUUAGUCUCGCUGGAUUUGUCUGCCAACCCCGAAAUCAGCAUCGUAGGCCUCCGGACACUGCUCCUGGCCCUUGAAGAAAGGAAGCGGGGCCUCCAGUUUCUCAACUUGGCAGGCUGUUCCGUGAAGGGGCCCCUGGACUGUAUUGCCUGGACAAAGCUCUCAGCCAAUGUCCGCCAGCUGCAGCUCUGCAGCCGCCACCUAAGCAAGAGCGAUCAGCGGGAUGUUGCUGAGCUGUGGCACAGGACAGAGGGUACCACUUUCGUCUCUAUCACACGGCAUCACAAGCUCUUCUGCCAGUGUCUGUAGCAGUGCCACUCUCUGCCUGACAGAUGGAGACUUUGUCACAAGCGACACACAGAUGAUUCUGGCCACAGAAGGGAUUAGGCUUUGGAACUGCUAUUCUUGAGCUGAACCUCGUGUGUGAGAGAGGAAGAGACCUGGGACUCCUAAAUCCUCUGCUACACUUGAGGUCGUCCCUGGACUACCAGGAGUCCCAGAAGAAAGGGGUGAUAGCAAGCCAGACAAGUGAGUAGGCUCCUUCGAGGGAGACAUCGGAAAGGAAAACAGUAUGAAACCGCUCCUGUGAGGAGGAAGGGGAUUCAGCCUGAGCCUGUGGCUCCCAGGUCCUGCUUCUUCUUCUAACUAUGAGCCAUACAGGCCUCAUACAUUGAACUUGAGCAAAGUGGAGAGCAUGGGCUUUUGGGGAACGCUCCUCCAUGGACAAAGCUGCCCUUUUGGCCUCUGUGCUUCCCAUCUCCUCAUACGGCUGAACUCUUCCAUAUUUAUUGAAUUUAAUUCUUCCUUGCAAGCUAAGAUGUCAUAUCUUUCUAGCAUGUUUGAUCUAUGAGGAUGCUGCUGAU